AGCGUCUCUCGAGUGGAGGGUUACAUGACCUACGCGAUAUUUUGAUUUUUCCGUGAGUCAAUAUGGCUGCGGCCAGCGAGCCUCUGAGACACCCUUGAGGAAAAGGAGGCGAGGCUUUUCCAAGGCUUUGCCCGAGAUCUUUUUGGCUAUGGCGCUUCGUUCGCGAUUUUGGGAGUUGUUGUCGGUCUGCAGGAGCCCUGAGUGUGGGUUCGCAGCGCUCUCAACCGGUUCCACGCCGGCGGUGAAACCUGAAGUGGGCCCUGCGGAAAAUGAAGCUGUUGCCCCAGAGUUCACCAACCGGAACCCCCGGAAUCUGGAGCUGUUAGCUGUGGCCAGGAAAGAGCGGGGUUGGGGGACGGUGUGGCCCUCCCGUGAGUUCUGGCACAGGUUGCGAGUUAUAAGGACUCAGCAUCACGUAGAAGCGCUUGUUGAGCAUCGGAAUGGCCAGGUUGUGGUUUCAGCAUCCACGCGUGAAUGGGCUAUUAAAAAGCACCUUUAUAGUACCAGAAAUGUGGUGGCUUGUGAGAGUAUAGGACGAGUGCUGGCAGAGCGAUGCUUAGAGGCAGGAAUCAACUUCAUGGUCUACCAGCCAACUCCUUGGGAGGCAGCCUCAGAUUCGAUGAAACGACUACAGAGUGCCAUGACUGAAGGUGGUGUGGUUCUACAGGAACCUCGGAGAAUCUAUGAAUAAAAUAGCAGCAUUGUGUUUCAAACUUGUAAAUAUAAAACUGUCAGCCAUCAAAAGAGAAUAUCUGGAAGAACAAUCAGCUUGGAAGUUUUAUAGCAAUAAUGAACAGUGGAAUAUUAUUUGUAGUUAAGGUCAUCUCCCCCCCCCCCCCCUUGUGUUUGUUUUUUUUUAAAUCAAGGGCUAAAUUCUUCCCCUCUCUUGAACAUGAGAGAAAUAUCUAAGAAAAGCAGUCACCAAUUAUAAUUAGCUUUUGAAGGACAAAUUAAAAGUUGUUUAUAAGUUACAAAAUAAAGGCAUAUUAUGAAAUCUUAUUUUCUGGUUAUAUAAAAUUUUCUCUGCCUUUGAGCUCACUGUGGCAAAAGUGCGCAUAUGAGGUUUAUGUGAAGCCCUUUUUACAUAAUCUUUAUGUAAAGCCCUUUUUACCAUGUCUGGCUCAUAGUGAUCUCAAUAAAUGAUUGUUUGCUGCUCGGGCUGUGUG